AAUUUUUAUAUCGAUCGAAUAACGUAACCCUUCGAUCCACAAAGAAAAACUCUUGCUUUAUUGCAUGGUUACCCUUUGUAGAACCCAUUUGUUUAAUAGCGAGUUGCGACGACUAUCCUUCGUGAUAAUCCACGAGUAAUGAGUGUGAUCCCUGGAACCAUUAAUAGGAUUAAAGAACUUCGUUCUUUUUCCGUAACGAACGAAUCGUUGAAAUCGAUAGGACCUUAUGAUUUCGUCGAAAUACUAGGUGGACAAAAAUAAAUAUAUAAAAAAUACGUGUUAUAUUCUGACGUUAUGGACUGAGGGUUAUAAAGGUUUCUUAAUCAUUAUUGAUAUAUUGAUAAAAGCGACCAAAGAAUUUAUACGCGUGGUAAUAGUAUGUGUAGAAUUCCUGAGCGUGGUGAUUACAGUGCACUGAAUUACCAAGCGUGGUAUUGCAGUAUGUAGAAUUCCCACACGUGGUGAUACAACGCGUGGUGAUCUAAUGUAAGCAUGCAAGGGUUCUUAUUUCCUACUUUAUCUCUAUAUAUCUUCUGCACCAAUGUCCCACUCUACUCCCCGAAAAAAAAUAACUCAAAAAUCUAAUUUCACAGAUAUUAAAAAACGGAAGUUAUGGGGACAAGUCCCUAAUCAAAUUGCCUCAUGAUCAUGAAGGUAAUGGUACAUUUACCACAGGGUUAAUAGUUCACGGUGUAGCAGCUGAUCUCGCGCAUGCUGUUUUUCACCAGGGGGGUUGUAUCCACACCGAGUGGAGUGAUAUACUAGGUAUAGAAAGAGGAGAGAGGGUAGUUUCAUCCGGGCUUUAUAUAAGGGUAGGUAGACUUUCAAACUUUGCCACUGGUUUUGAUUGAUGCACGCGAUCAACUUUUCGUAUCCUUGCCACGUGGAGCGAAAAGGAAAUUGUGUCGCUCCACCGCGUGGUGGAUUUUGUUUCGCGUUUGCAUUCAAAUAAGGAAAAUAAAAAACGAUGUCUUUGAAUCGUAGUACCGCGGUGUUUGAAGAUAAUAUCGAGGAUCAAAUCAGUCCUGUGGUGUACGUGGGUGCCGCUAUUGUUCUUGGUUUCAUCGGGUUCUUUGGAUUCACCAUGAAUCUUUUGGUGGGACUGGUGAUCGUCAAGGAUGCACAGAUCCUUUGGACACCCGUCAACGUAAUCCUUGUUAAUCUUAUCGUAGGAGAUUUUAUGGUGGCGGCUCUUGGAAAUCCCGUAGCCAUGGUUUCAGCGAUCACUGGAGGAUGGUACUGGGGCUACAAAGUGUGUCUCUGGUACGCCUGGUUCAUGUCCACAUUGGGAUUCGCUAGCAUCGGGAAUUUGACGGUGAUGGCUGUUGAAAGGUGGCUGUUGGUGGCCAAGCCGAUGAACGCUUUGUCCAUAAGGCACGCUGUGAUACUAGGUUUCUUCGUAUGGGUCUACGCUCUUUGUCUUUCGGUGCCGCCACUUUUUGGAUGGGGAAGCUACGGCCCCGAAGCCGGAAACGUAUCCUGCAGCGUCUCCUGGGAAAUCCAUGAUCCAGUUACAAAAAGCGAUAGUUACAUAGGCUUCAUCUUCACAUUUGGCCUGGUGAUACCUGUUCUGGUGAUCACGACCAGUUACGUGGCGAUUGUAUUGACUUUGAGGAAAGUGAGGAAGAGAGCAGGUGCUAGCGGAAGACGCGAGGCGAAAAUUACGAAAAUGGUUGCGUUAAUGAUCACAGCUUUCCUGCUUGCUUGGUCCCCGUACGCGGCUCUUGCACUCGCCGCACAAUAUUUCGACGCAAAGCCCUCGGCAUCGGUGGCAGUUCUACCUGCGUUAUUAGCCAAGUCCUCAAUUUGCUACAACCCCAUCAUCUACGCGGGUCUGAACAGUCAGUUCCCUCGCUCCUUGAAGAAGAUAUUUGACGUUCGACCUGCGAGAAGUUCGGUACCAGGCAGUCAAAACACUGCACUAACGACUUUGAACAAACAAGAACAAAAAAACUGAAGAUCGAACUGAUAUCGGGAACAAAAUGUUUGAAGAGCAUCGAAUUUUGUGAAAAUAAAUUUAAUAUAUC